CCGCAUCUUCGCCGAGCAUAAUUUGGCCAAUCCACUUGCCAUGAGAUUGAAUGGUUCAGAAUACUCUUACCCUUCUUCUCAUUUGCUUCUCCUACUACAAGAGUAGAGAGGAGAAGGGCUGAAGCUAGGAGAGAAGGAAAAUGGAUAGAGAAGAGCAAAGAUCGAGUCUGAUUUCACCUCUUAUUCACUUUUCUGAAGAGAAUGGUUUUGAAUUGAAUAGUGUUGAUAAGGGUCUAUUUAGUAGAUCAAACAUCAUUGCAGAAGUGAAGAAGCAGUUGUGGUUAGCUGGACCAUUGAUAUCUGUUAGUCUCUUGCAGUAUUGUUUACAGGUUAUAUCUGUUAUGUUUGUGGGUCAUCUUGGAGAGUUAGCUCUCUCUGGUGCUUCAAUGGCUACUUCCUUUGCAACUGUGACUGGAUUUAGUUUACUGAUGGGAAUGGGAAGUGCAUUGGAUACAUUCUGUGGUCAGUCCUAUGGAGCAAAACAGUAUCAUAUGCUCGGCAUACAUAUGCAGAGGGCCAUGUUUGUGCUAGUACUUGUUAGCAUUCCCCUUGCUUUUAUCUGGGCAAACACAAAGCCUAUCCUUUUGGCUGUUGGACAAGAUCCAGAUAUAGCAGCAGAAGCAGGAGUUUAUGCUCGAUUCAUGAUCCCAAGCCUUUUCGCAUAUGGUCUUCUCCAAUGUCAUGUCAGAUUCUUACAAACACAAAACAUUGUCUUUCCAAUGAUGAUAAGCUCAGGAGUUGUAGUUCUCCUACAUUUCUUUUUCUGUUGGAUUUUGGUGUUCAAAUCUGGAAUGGGUAACAUAGGAGCUGCUUUGGCCAAUUCCAUCUCUUAUUGGAUGAAUGUACUAUUGUUGGCACUCUAUGUCAAGUUCUCUCCUGCCUGCAAGGACACUUGGACCGGUUUCUCGAAGGAAGCAUUACAUGGUGUCCUCAAAUUUUUAAGGCUUGCAGUUCCCUCAGCUGUCAUGGUUUGCUUGGAAAUGUGGUCAUUUGAGCUGAUGGUUCUCCUAUCUGGUCUUCUUCCGAAUCCAAAGCUAGAAACAUCAGUUCUGUCAAUCAGCCUCAACACAGCCGGAUUGGUUUGGAUGAUCCCUUUUGGACUUAGUGGAUCCAUAAGUACACGGGUUUCCAAUGAAUUGGGUGCUGGGCAUCCUCAAGCUGCACGUUUAGCAGUACUGGUUGUGUUAGUCUUGGCCAUUACUGAGGGCAUUCUAGUUGGCACAACCUUGAUCUUAUUGCGUAGAGUUUGGGGUUUUGCUUAUAGUAAUGAAAAGGAAGUAGCAAAAUAUGUGGCAAAUAUGAUGCCAGUGCUUGCUCUGUCCAACUUCUUGGAUGGAAUCCAAUGUGUGCUUUCAGGCACAGCAAGGGGAUGUGGUUGGCAGAAGACUGGUGCUUUCAUUAAUUUAGGAGCUUAUUACCUUGUGGGCAUUCCUUCUGCUAUUUUAUUAGCUUUUGUCCUCCAUAUUGGGGGAAUGGGACUCUGGUUGGGUAUUAUAUGUGCUCUGUGUGUGCAAGUGUUAGCUCUUUUAAUCAUUACAUUCCGGUCUAAUUGGGAGGGGGAAGCAAAGAAGGCUAAAGACAGAGUUUCUGACUCCAUGAUCCCCAAUGAUAUGGUUUCAAGAAGCUGAAUUACUGAAACUUUAUAUCUAAGAACAUUCAUAAAAAAUCUAAGGCAGGCAAUUCACAAUUAGUUCCACACUACAUAGGGUGGUCCUCUAAAAGGAAUACCAGCUCAAGGUGGAAGUAAAGCUCGAAACCCACAUUCAUCAUUUUGUUGGGAGCAUUACUAGAUCAAAGAUUUAGCUCUGAAUUGUUGGUCAAUAAGGAAGUUCCUAACAAUCACUACAGAGUGAACGAAGUACAAGGUGGGUAAGUUUUUACAGACUUAUGUAUUCAAUGUGAAGAACAGAACACUUGCAGAACAGAACUUGUGGAAUUCAAUUGAAAUUAGGAUCUCAGACAAAAAACUAGAGUCUUCAUCUAAGUGUAGACUUUUAGAUGCAUCACGUGGGCUUUGUUUUGCUUUCCCUUGAUGAUUGCUCCUUUCAGCUUAGUACAAAUACAUUGGGGGAAAAUAUUUUCAGGUUUACAAGCCCGCAACAGCUCAUCACAGUAAACUACAGCUUCCAAAAAGGAAAAUUUUCCUUUUUCUAGUAACUCAAAAUAUGAAAUCACACAAAACGGAAGCCUAAAUAUCAACUAGAAAACUCACAUACACAGAAGAACCUGUGCUCCAAUGCCUGCUGAACAGAAAUUCUUGCUUUUGGG